AUGGGGCAUAUUGCGGACAAGGGUAUAAAGAAACUGUAUGGAGAGGUUAAGAACCUAAGGAGUUUACGUAGCAAUGCCGCAUGCCUCCGCGAGGAGAUAGAUCGUGUGAAAGGCAUAGAAGAUGAUAUUAAGACUCUGUUAAGUGGUCGAAAAGUCCUUAAUUCUCUAGCGGAUAUAGAUAAGCAUCUGAAGACAAAGGAUUCAGAUUUUCCCACGAAUGGAGAGCUGGGGGAGCUUCCAGGGGCGCUGGUACAACCCAUUGAGAACGAGCUUGUUGGCAAAUUUGUUCACGAGAAGCUGCAGAAGCUGGAGACGUGGCUGCUCAAAGAUGAUUCUGUUCGUGUCGUUGGAGUCUAUGGAAUGCCCGGCGUGGGAAAGACGUCCCUGCUUAAACACAUCAACAAUAAUGAAAAGGUAGUCAAUUUCUUUAAGCUUGUAAUUUGGGUUACUGCGUCCAGAGACUCCGAUAUAUCUGAUCUCCAGAGGCGCAUUUGUGAGAGAAUUGAAUUGCCUUGGCGACCAAAUUUGAGCAUUGACAAAGCAGCAGGGCUAGAUAAAGAGGUGUGCAGGAGCAUGAAAGCAGACAAGAUGAUUUUAAUGAAGCAUCUGUCGGAGGAAGAUGGUUGGGAGCUUUUCUGCAGGGGAACCUUCCCAGCUGGUGAGGAUCAGAAAAUGGAUAGCGAGAUUGAGCCCUUGGCCAGAAGCAUUGCAAAGGAAUGUAAAGGACAUCCCCUAGCCAUUAAGACGCUUGCUCGGACAGUGCCACAUCUUCACAGCAGUACCCUGUCCGAAUGGGAAUAUGUUCUCAAGCAGCUAAAGGCGAUCGAUCCAGAGUUUUAUCGCAUUCAUGAAGAGAUUGUGAAGGAAUUAUUCAAGCCGCUGAAGCACAUCUACGAUGCUCUGGAAUCGGAUGAGCUGAGGCUUUGUUUCCUAGAGGAGGGGCGCCACGGUUUUCUCAAGACCUUGGCGAACCGAUGUUUGGUUGAGAUUGAAAUUAAAGAUGAAAACGACCUUCACAUUUGGAAAGUGAAAAUCCACGAUGUGCUCAGAGAUAUGGCUAUACACGUCGCUGAGGUCGACCAGAAUAUCCUGUUCCGUGCAGGCCAGAGUUUAGCAGAGUUUCCAGAGUCCGCAAGCGCAACAUCGGUGAGGAUAUCAGUGAUGUAUAACCGUAUCAGAAUUCUACCUGAAAGUGUUGAUUGCGCGAAGUUAGUGACUCUGUUAUUGAGCUGGAACACAUUUGAGGAGGUUCCAGAGAGCUUUCUGGAGAAGCUGAAUAUGUUGAAGGUGCUUUAUCCCAGCAACACGCCCAUCAAAUUCUUGCCAAAUUCCAUCCACCAACUGAAGUAUCUCCUCUAUCUGCACCUUUCAAAUACCCAGAUUAAGGUAAUCCCCCAUCAAACAUUUGAGCUGAUUAGACUGCAGUUUUUAGAUCUUUCUUUCUCCCCUAUGAAGAAUAUUGCGUCCAUGAUAAAAAAGCUGAAAAGUCUCCAAACUCUCAAUUUAGCCCACUGUUAUGAUUUGGAGUUCGUUUCAUGCGACAUAUCACAGCUCACUAGUUUGGAAGAGCUUGACUCGUGGAAGUCGACAAUGUUUGGAAAUUCACGCGAUGUAAGAGUAGGAGGAGAAUCAAGGGAGGCUUCCUUGCAAGACGUAUGCAAACUCCAUCGUCUGAAGCAUCUGCGUCUAGCCUUAAAAUCCCAAAUUGAGGAGAAAACAAUGGGGAAUCUAGUGGAGCUUCAAGGACUUUGGCUACUUUGGAUGCCCGAAGUUCGUCAGACAUAUCUGCCCACUGACAUGCGGGCCAUGCAUAGUUUGGAGAGGGCCCACCUGUAUAAUUGUCACAUAAAGGGAACUCCUGAUUUAUUCCCAGAAUUACAAAAUCUCACGUACUUAAAAGAUGAAAUCUUCUCAAAUACUGCUCACUCUUUCUGGAUUAGGGGUCUUGAUAAUCUCAAGUCUCUGGAACAGAUCAGAGGAGAGAAAGAAUGGUGGAAUGAAAUUAGCUGGCGAAAUGAAGAAAUGAAGAACCAUUUUCAUGCGAAAGAACCAAAAGAUCAGGCUGCAUAUCUAGCACUAACAAGAAAUAUAACAGAUGAGUUUAAGGAGAACAAAAAAAAUAAUGCAAGAACUUUAAGUUUUAUCCAGCAAGUUGUGGACGAGUCAAUCUUUCCUAAGAUUCCAGCAGCAAAAACAUCUAAUAAGGCUUGGGAAAUCUUAGAAACUGCAUAUCAGGGUACUCUUAGGAGAAAUUUUGAGAAUUUACAAAUGAACGAUUCAGAGUUUGUAGACCAAUAUAUGAGUCUAGUUAUGAAUGUUGUGAAUCAGUUAAGAUGUAAUGGAGAAGAAAUGUUAGAUAAGAAGAUUAUAGAAAUAAUAUUUAAGAGUCUGCCCAGGAAAUUUGAUUUAAUAGUUGUAGCACUUGAAGAAUCUAAGGAUUUUGCACAAUUAUCAGUAGAUGAAUUAAUGGGAUCUGAAGAGGAAGGUCAAGUUUUAGAGGAAGAGGUCGCGGUAGAGGUGGAAGGAGAAGUGAACAUUAUUGUGGAUAAGGAUAGCACAGAGGUACAGACUGAUAUUGUUGGAAAUAUUAUUGAGCAACCGAUAGAAAAUGUUGAGGUUGAAAUACAAACAGAGCAUUCAGAGCAACCUUUGGAUAGUGGAAUGAAUACUGGUAGUAUUGAUGCUGGAACUGAGAAACCCACAAAGACAGAGAAACCAAUAGAGAAACUAGCAGAAGCAUAG